AUGUCUACUGCGCAAAGAGUACCUUGUCAUUGUACAAGAUGUGCCGGCAAGCUUGUUUCUCCCUCCACCUUCCGUUGUCACAACAAGGUGCAGCACUCUACAGAGUUCCAGAGCUUUGUUCUACAGGCUGCUUCCGAGCUGCCUGGCUGCCUGGAGUCCGUAGACCCUGAUGAAUCUACGGAAGGGUCACUGCACAAGCGCGGGGCUAUGUCACAGAUGACAGGCGAACAGAGCCAGCCUACUAAGCGGAGACGGGAAUUAGUGGAACCAGAGGUGUGUAAAUGCAUCCCUGACCUUCCGAAACAUUGUAUGUUGACAUUUGGUGUGCUGCCGGCCUCCGUUGAGAUCAAUGACAUGAGCCGGGGGUCAGUUGACAUCUCAGAGAUGACCACAAGCAGUGAGGACAACACAGAUAGCAGCCAUCCGAAGGACCUGGACCUGGAUGAGAGCAGAGCAGGCAGUGCAUCUGCAACCGGGACCGCGGGCGCGAAUCCCAGUGAGAACAGUGCUAUUGAUGCCGGCUGGUCAUGUGGAUCUGCGGAGAGCACAAGUGGAGACAUGCAGAUAGUGCCACCUGAUGAGAUCCCGGAUCCGGGAUGUCUCGCAUUGGAUGAUAUAGACGUGCGGGGAGGUCCUGCAUCAUUCCCAGCGAUCGACGAUGGACAUGCGAAUGUCAUCCACAUUGCUUCUCCAGAGGACAUGGACUUGGAGGAACUAACUGACCUUGCCCAUCUUUCCGAAGCCAAGCUCUCUAUGAAGUUCAUUCGGGCACUGGAAGGUGCAUCAUUGGAAGAUGAGGGAAUGCGAUUAGAUGCAGACACUCUUGAACGUCUUCACCACCCUCCUCGCAACACAGUUGACAUCGCCGAUCCUGGUCUUCACCUUGCACUCAACCUCUUCCUUGCAGUUGGCAAUUCGUCGCAGGAGACGUAUAACAGUGUUCGCGAUGCAAUCAUGCGACGCUAUCCCGAGGACACACUACUUUCAUAUGACCGAAUCAAGCGCCAGGUUGCGCAGGCAGUGGUGUUGUCUCCCUCAUUCACGAUAUGUGUAUCAAUAGCUGUAUUGCGUAUACUGGCCCAUUUUCCGAACUCGAGACUUGUCCAAAGUGCAAAGAAAAUUGCACAUCAAGAAUUUCAUACAAUUCCUGUUGGCCCACAACUGCAAGCACUUUGUCGAAAUCCUUCCAGUGCAACAGAUCUCAAUUACCAUGAGAAGCGGACCCAGGAGAUCCUCGAGACUCUCGCACAAAGUGAUGGCACUCUGCCAUCAUACGAGGACCUGCUGGAUGGCAGUGACUAUCUCGGCACAGUUGCGGAUGGUCGUAUCAAUUCUGACGACAUCAUUCUCAUGCUCUCCCUUGAUGGAGCGCAGCUUUAUAGGAAUAAGGCAUCAGACUGCUGGAUUUACAUUUGGGUGGUCUUCAACCAUUCGCCUGAUGUACGCUAUAAGAGAAGGCAUGUUUUGACCGGUGGUUUCAUUUCUGGUCCAAAUAAACCCAAAAAUGUCGGCUCGUUCCUCUUCCCAGGGCUCCAUCACCUUGCUGCACUUCAGCGAGAAGGGUUGGGACCUGGGCUACUCUAUGGUGUGCUUCCUGACAAGUACUGGAAGAAUUUCUACACACUUGUCUGUGGCAUCCGACUAAUCAAUCAGCAUAAGAUUAUGAGCAAGGACCUACAGCGUGCCCACAAAUCACUAGUUCAGUUUUGUAUUGGAUUUGAACAGCUCUACUAUCAGAGAUGGGCUCGUCUUCAGCUUCCUAAUGGCCAAGUUGCACGAUCUGCUUGGAACGAGAAGAAGAAAACACUCAGGAAUGUUCGCAUGGCUCAAAAUGUAAAGCUCCUACUUGAUGAUAAUUUGUGCUUUGCAGAAGUUCUAUUUUACUUCCAGAUGCCAAUCAAUGAUGAGACCAAGUCACUUGCCCUUAUCUCACUUUAUUCACAACCUCACGCUACUCUCCUUGAAGCAUCAUCAUACACGCUGUGGUCGUCGACAUCUCAGGGUGAUACAGCACUUCGAGUUGUUGAUGUGAAGGCAAUUACGGCAGUGGUUGCAAUGGUUCCUCAUAACCCAUUUGAAGAGGCUGGGACACAAUUCUUUGUUGUUGAAAAACCCGGCCUUGAUGUUGCACAUAUGGGUGGGAAUGAUGAAGUGGUCGUGGACAAUGACAAUGGUAUACUAGAGGAGAAUUGA